UUGAGACCAUUGGACCUUACUCUCCCGCACGAGCGGAUUUCCAGCCAAUGCGAGCACAAUGGCUAUCGACACCGCCCUACGAGGAUUGCAGAUCCUGCAGCGAGAUCUAAUCGCGUUUACCGAAGACCGUCUACCAAACGUGGAUCGUCUCAGAGAUCAAUUAGACGCUAGCACCGAUCUUUUGAAGCAGCUUUUGGAACGCAAGAGAAAGAAUGAGGCCAGUCGAAGCAAACUGGCUCCUACGAACGAUUCGCAGCCCAGUACCAUAACGAUCGACGAAGCGGAGUACAGAAUACAACCGCAGUUCCGAGAGAGCGCGAUCCGAGUCGCCGAUGAGCUGGAUCUAGAUGAGAUCGAAGCUGCCAGGCUGUGCAUCGAAUCGCAACUUCCUGGAGACCACAUAGCCGAUUCACUCACCCUCCGCGCGCUCAUCCGGUUCCAUCAGCAACGACAAGCACUUUUGGAUUGUGUUCGGAUUGUGCUGCAGGUGAGUGUGGACAAUGAAGGAGAUGGAGCCCGUGCAGAAGCUCUGGGCAGCGUUGCGAAGGUGCUCAUAUAUGGCGACGGAGGAAAUCAGACGCAAGGCUCUGCGUAUUGGCGCAAGUGCUUGGAGGGAAUGGGCGACAUCGAGUCGUUUCUGAAAAAGGUGGCCGAAUACAAAGACAAAAUCAUCAUGACGGGGCAAAGUCUGUCGAGAGAGAUGGGUGAAGCGGUGGACGCCCAGCGACUUCUAUUGACACAACAGCACGAAUCGCUUGCUGCGAUCAUGUGCUGCAUGGUCAGGGGAAGCUAUGUGCAGCCGGAGGACUACCGCAGCCUGCUGAGCAAAGCUUCUCCACUGGAAACCGAAGCAGACAUCCUCGUCCAUUACCUUCCAAUCUUGAUCAGUGGCGCUGCUUAUUUUGCUUCAGACCAUUCUACUUCCGCAGAUGCCGCGCGCGGAUUACACGCGUUGCUCGCCGCCGGGCCUGGCCAGCUGCAGUGGAAAAAUUCAGGAUUUGGUGCGGCUGCAAAGGUGUUGUGGCUGGCGGAAUACAACGCUAGAUUCUCCGCCGAUUCCAUCGAUACGGGACAGAGCGAGACGGAACGAACCCGAGAUGAGGAAGCUCGUUCCAAACUGUUUUUCGACGCACUCGGGGACAAGGCCUUUCACUUCAUCUUGACGGCUUCUGCGCAUUUACGCCCAAUUGUGUGGCACGAUCCAGCAAAAAAAGGCAUAAUCGAAUGGCUGGUGGAAGAGGCUCCAGGUCCUUCAUCAAACGCUCCUCGCGCUUCAGACGAUUUUGCGACACUGGUGAUGAGAGAACUUCAAGUAUUUACUGACGCAUUCGUCACCAACAUGCCUGAUAUGCUUCGCCAACUCAAAUCAGAUGAAGACGAAAAGAGGCGGAAUACGCUCUUCCAGUCCGCCAACGGCGACACUCGUACCGAGAUGGAUCUCGAGCGAUUUAUGAUCAUCAUGGCGUAUGCCUACCAGGGCGAUGCUGAAGCCGCUCGUGACUUCUGGGCGGACCGCGAGAGCAAUCUGUAUGGAUUUCUGAGGUGGGUGUCACAGCGCCUGCCCACGCCUCGGGUCGCCGCCUUUUGCACGCUGCUCAAAGCUAUCGCGUCCGAUGACAACUCCGCCAAUCAUGCCCAUCGUUUCCUGCUGGAGGACGUUCUGAUGACUUCAGGGAAGCUUCGGAAAGCGUACGCCGUCAGUUGGUCACAGAUAUUCAGCGAGGUCGAGCUGUACGCCUCGAAUGUGAAGGACAGGUCUCCAGCUGCCACCGAAGUCAUAUCUGGCGGGCAUGAUCAAGUUGCAGCCGAGCAGAACUUAGAAGAACCCGAGACCGGAAUCAUGUUGAUAUCAUAUCUUGGCCUGGCUGCUCACAUAGCCCGUACCAGCUCGGAGGCAAGGAACUGGCUCCUGAAGGACCAGCCAUUCCAUAUCGGCGAAGUAAUGUGUCAGCUCAUUCGUACUGUUCGAUUGAGUGGUCUCAGGGCAUGCUGCCUCGAUAUGCUCGCCGCUCUGCUGACGGAGAAAGUUCUCGAGGUCCGCAACGGCAUGUGGGUACUACUCGACACCUGGAUCUCAAGUGGCGGGUUGGAGGGUCACCAAAGUCAGCGAUCACAUGCCCAGACGCAGUCACCUGCAAAGCAGUACUUGCAGCUCUUCGCCGCCAGCCCUGAUGCCGCAUCGGCUUUCGUUCAGCUUUUGAACGGCCUGCUCUCACCUGUCGAGGACGCGAACGAAAAGGCUGUCGACGCGCUUCCCUUCCCGGAAAAUCUCGGCGCGCCUCUUCGACAUGCCGGGAUCGAAACCUAUGUUGACUUCGUUUUGGACACUGUAUUCGCGCGCAGUACCGUACGCAUGGCUGCCGAAGGCAAUGUUGCAAUGCUCGAUGCAUUGCGGUUCGAGUGCCUUCAAUUCACUUUCCAGUCUCUCUCCACAUUCAACGAGGAUCUUGUCCUUUUGGCCAACACCUCCAACGUGGCAGUUGAGUCAGCCAUGGAGACAAAGUCGCUUGCUACCUACGCCCGAUUGCAUCCAUUCGCUCGCGUGAUGGAGCGUUUAUUUGAGAAGGGCGUCGUCGCCUCACUUGUCGCCACGCUACAGCAGCCGGUCGAAUCGCUGGAUGAUGCAGAACCCGAAUCUCCCCUUGUGCAGGCGACACUGAAGAGCAUCCAGGUCUUGAAUCUUGCGUGGAAGCUACAGCCAACCUACCUAGACAUUGUGCGACCUAUCGUUAGCAGCCACCCGUCCUCUCGCACACAAUCUAGCGUAGGAGCGACGCUGGGAUCUAUCGACGAGCACGUUGAGAUUUGUCUGGAAUCCCUCACACUCCUGCAGAAGAUCGCGUCCUCGCGCAAGCUCUGCGAAAGUCCAGAUCCAGGCGCAGCACGAUCUCGUCGGAGCAAUCGCAUCUUAGGCAUUCUUUCCCCUCUCGCUACAGCUUUAAGUUUGCAACUGCGGCAAGACUUUGUGCUCGAUGAGUGGGACCUCGAAAAUGGGGACAUGCCACUGAAGUUGAUCAAAGCCAAGGCGGUCCUGGACUUGCUCAAUGCCAGCCUUGACUCGUCAAACGACAAACCCACCGUGGCUCACUGCCUGCUGGGCUUCAGCUGCUUUGAGAAGGUGGUCGAUGUGCUCCCAGGAAGUCCUUUCGAUGAGAACGACUCACUGUUCCACGAAAUUGCUACGUGUGGCGCAACUCUGCCUGCAAUUGCCAACGCUGGUAACACAUCUUGGCUGCUAUCUGUCAAACGAGGAUGUUUGGACAUCCUUCUGAAGCUUGCUGUUUCUCCUCUGACUGCACACAUUAUUCAGCCACAACUCCGCGCGAUGGACUUCCUCGCCGCUUUGUCGCGUGCACAACUCCCUGCCGCAACAAGCCCGCUCUGGGAUGGUCAACUUAUACUCGACCCAGAUGUUCUUCUUGACUCGUCCGCGCUGGCCGUGCGCGACUUUCUCCACGUGCGAGCUGCGUUCUUUGAAUUCGCAGCUGCGAGUUUGCGAGCUGCAGCGGAACACAAUUCCUUCUCUGUGCAGGAGAAGAUAGUCAGCGCUCUGCUUGGGACAAUCAAGCAUCCCGACGGCGAGCAGCUUCCAACCAUUUCGGUCUUCGAGAUGUUUGAUUUCUUCGAUCUGGAGACCGCGGCCGCGCGCGAGGCCAACUGCAAAUAUCUGGCCGAUGUGGACUUGUCCAUUUGCACAAAAGAUGACCCGGAAACUCUGAUCUCCUUCGAUCUGAAAAGUGCUGAGGAUCUUUUGCAAUUACACAAAAAAGCUCUCAAAGUGAAAGGCAGUAUUCGGGAGUCGGCCGAGCUUGAGACGGUCGAGUUUGAAAUCCAGGCCAUCCUGGCAUCAUUGUUGAGUCAAAACAACUGGAGAGCUGUGCAAAGCGCCCGACUCGCCGCGCUUGAAGCGUGGACUGAUCUGAUGUCUCUCAUGGUCACCAAAGGCGGAUUGGAGCAAAACGAUGUCAUCGCGCUAUCGCUGCAAGGCUUGCUUGUGGUACUGCCAAAGUUAGAAAAGUCACUGACAGACAGUUUGGAUGCUGCUGGCAUGCUGGCAAAGCUAACUUUGACCUUUACACACGCAAUCAGCCCUGCCUCAAGAGAUCCAUCGCCGCAGACUGUCAGUGUGGCCGUUGAGCGUUUACUCAACACCUUCCGAGUAUCCCUCAAAGUCAUCACUGAUGGCAGCACGGAUCUUGCACUUCGGGACGUGUGCUACCGCACUGGCUGUGCAGUCCUUGCCUCCCUUCCGAAAGCGUCUGUCGGGACGGGCACCUCAGCCUUUGCUAGCGCAAAGCAGCUUCUACAGCUGGUUCAGAACAGUGGCGAGCGGUUGCUGAUCGUUGUGACUGAAGACGCGUUUGCUGGUCGUGGCGUUACCCGCAUCUCUGCCCUGCUCUUCCUCGACGCCCUUAUUGGCCUGUUCCAGAGCUUGAAAGUCAAGUCUUCUAUUCUCCGCGCUCUGACGAAGCUCAACUUUGUGCCUGUCCUUAUCGACGGCAGCAUCGGAAGUGUGGCGGCAGCGUUCAACGGCGAAGACGAACUUGCAGCUGCUCUGGCAUUCUUCCACACAUCUCUCGCGCUUUUGCUCCGUCUUUGUCAGACACCCGAAGGGACGCAGCUGGUUCUGAACUCCGGCUUGUUUCAGGCAAUCGAUGACAGUCAUCUGUUCAGCACGGAUCCCGACGUUGGAAUGGAUGUUGAUAACCCGCAGGCAUUGAAGGAGUUUUACGCCAUUCUCGCGGAUGUGUUGAGGAUUGUCACCGCUGCUGUUGUGAGCAAGGGCCCAGCACCCGGUAAGGCCUUCUUACAAAAGUAUCGCUCUACAGUCCAGGCGCUUUUCAAGCAGGCGUCUAGAGGUAUUGGGCUUGAUGUCGCGGAGGAGCUAAGCAGGCUGCUGCUUUCCACCGAUUUUCUCGAGGUAUGUGGAUCUGUCCGUGUCUAUGACGUGCGAUGCUAA